AUGGCUGCGACAAGAAAAUUACAAGGUGAGAUAGACAGGUGUUUAAAAAAGGUCACAGAAGGGGUGGAGACGUUUGAGGACAUCUGGCAAAAAGUACACAAUGCGACGAACAGUAAUCAGAAGGAGAAAUAUGAGGCAGAUCUCAAGAAGGAGAUUAAAAAGCUCCAGAGGCUACGGGAUCAGAUCAAGUCAUGGAUCGCCUCGGGUGAAAUUAAGGAUAAGAGUACACUUUUAGAAUAUAGGAAACUAAUAGAAACUCAAAUGGAAAGGUUCAAAGUAGUGGAGCGAGAAACAAAAACGAAAGCAUACUCUAAAGAAGGGCUGGGAGCGGCGCAGAAGCUCGACCCGGCGCAAAAAGAACGCGAGGAGAUGUCCUCGUGGCUAAUAUCCUCUAUUGAUGCACUUAAUUUACAGAUUGAUCUUUUUGAGUCUGAAGUGGAGUCACUGUUAGUUGGUAAGAAAAAACGAUUGGACAAAGAGAAGCAGGAUCGUAUGGACGAGCUCAAACUGAAACUAGAGAGGCAUAGGUUCCAUAUAAAAAAACUUGAAACACUCCUCCGAAUGCUAGAUAACAUGUCUGUGGAAGUUGAACAGAUAAAAAGAAUAAAAGAAGAUGUAGAAUACUAUAUAGUAUCAUCACUGGAACCGGGCUAUGAAGAGAAUGAAUACAUAUAUGAAGACAUCAAUGGAUUAGAUGAGAUUGAACUCAGUGGUGUAGGGCUCCCGUCCUCGGCCACGACAGACAGCAAUAACAGCAACGACUCACCCGGUUCACCUACUAGCAUAUUAUCAGGAACCAGUCCUGUAACGUCCCCAGCGCUAGACGUCCAGAACCACACGGCAGACUCAAUAGACGUUGAGAAGAAGAAGAAAGAGGAAGUAACGGCCAAACCGGUCAAACCGCUCCCUCUGCGCGUGUCGUGCGUGGGCAGCCCCACCGUUAGUUUGCUCAAUCACACCGUCGUCUCCACCAAUAGUAUAAACAAUACGGGUGCGUCCGGCGCCUCCACGCCCAGCAAGCAGCCGGCGCCGCCCUCGCCGCACCUCAACAGGACGAGCGAAGUAGUGGAGAAUGGUCCGGUGUCGAGCGCGCUGCUGCCGCCGCCCGCACCCGCGCACAACGCGCACCCGCCACACCCCGCGCACGCCGCGCAGCCCGCGCCCAUAUCAAAGUCCACGUCGUCAACGACGAUGGCGCCGAGCGUGACGCCGGCCGCGCCCGCGCCGCCGCCCGCGUCCUCCGCGCCCUCGCCGCUCACUGUGAACGGGCCCUCGCUUGCGCAUACGCCGCAACAUGUUGUUAACAACGGUAGAGUGAGCGAGACGCCGAGCACGCCGCUGUCGCAGAGCACGCCGGCGGCGCUGGCGGCGCUGGCGGCGAGCGCGCCGGCCGCCGUGAGCGUAGGCACCGCCUCGCUCAAGAGCAUGGCGCAGGAGGCCGUGCAGCGCGCCGGCCUCGACCACCAUCACACGCAGGGUGGAGUAGGCGUGGGCGUGGGCGCGGCGCGACGCAACACGGCGCUGUCGCAGGCGCACAUCCCGCCAUUACUCGGCGUGGCGCCGCUCGGCCCGCUGCCACUCAAUAAUGAUCACCAGGUGCAGUUCCAGAUGAUGGAGGCGGCGUUCUACCACAUGCCGCACCCGUCCGACUCGGAGCGCACGCGCGUGUACCUGCCGCGGAACAUCUGUCAGACACCCGUCUACUAUAAUCAGGUGCUGUUACCCCACUCGGACUCAGUGGAGUUCUUCACGCGGCUGUCGACGGAGACGCUAUUCUUCGUGUUCUACUACAUGGAGGGCACGAAGGCCCAGUACCUAGCUGCCAAGGCGCUCAAGAAGCAGAGCUGGCGGUUCCACACCAAGUACAUGAUGUGGUUCCAGCGGCACGAGGAGCCGAAGGUUAUUAAUGAGGAGUAUGAACAGGGCACAUACAUAUACUUUGACUACGAGAAGUGGGGCCAGCGGAAGAAGGAGGGCUUCACGUUCGAGUACAAGUACUUAGAGGACAGGGACCUCAAC